UAUUUUUUUCCGGUAUCCAUCCACUCGUAUCCUUUUCCACCAUUUUUUCUCUCUCUACCCCCCUUUCUUCACUAUACAAACUAAACUACUAGAAAAAGUUGUCACUUUUUGCCAUUGGACAAUUAUAUUAUAAUACUCCCAUUAUACACAAAUAACUUCUUGACAGUGUCUUAAAUUCUUCAUCCAUUCUAGUCUCCAUUCCUCCAACUUCAUGCAUGGUUUUUUAUUUCAAAAAGGAGGAAGCUUUUCCUUUGACUUUCACUUUAUCUGGUUUCUGAUUUGAUUUUCUGAUACCCUUUUGCUUCCAAGGAGUUGAAAAAAAUGGGAGAAAGUGCCUUGUUUUCUUUAUAGAAUUUGGUAGAGAAAGUUAAAUACCUUUGAGUUAGUCUUUUAGAAUGCCAGUUCCACUUGCCCCCUACCCAACUCCACCACCAGCUCCAUAUACACCACCACCAACAAAUGGUUCACAAAGUCAACUUGUGUGUUCUGGUUGUAGAAACCUUCUGGUGUAUCCAGUUGGAGCUACUUCUGUAUGCUGUGCUGUUUGCAAUGCUGUCACAGCAGUGCCACCUCCUGGUACAGAAAUGGCUCAGUUAGUUUGUGGAGGAUGCCAUACUUUACUCAUGUACAUCCGCGGAGCGACGAGCGUUCAAUGCUCUUGUUGUCACACAGUCAAUCUAGCUUUGGAAGCAAAUCAGGUGGCACAUGUCAAUUGUGGUAACUGCAGGAUGCUUCUUAUGUACCAAUAUGGAGCAAGAUCCGUGAAAUGUGCAGUUUGCAAUUUUGUUACCUCAGUUGGGGCUUCAGCAAGCACCACUGAGCAGAAGUUCAGCACCUAAGAAAAACCAUAUACUAUAAUAGCAAGGUCAUUAAAGAGUCUACAACCUUGGUUUUUGCUACUUACAUAUCAAUCUUAAGGAAUAACAAAGAGUGCAAAUCAGAUUGAAAACUUUCUUCACAUGUAUAGAGUUAUUUUCUCUUGCGUGACAGUGAUUGUAUUGAAUAUUUUUGUUAGAAUUGGACAAUUGGUGUAUGAAUAAGUGCAUAACUAUUUGUUCUAAGAUUCUUGAUUUUGAGAGUGCUAUGAAAAAUCCAUAUCUUUGGAUAAGGUAAAAUUUAUUCUCUACUCAAGUGGUUGAGAAAGUUACUAUGUGUGUAUGUGGAGCACCCAACACCAUUUAUUUCUUUCACAUAACUUUUUUUGCCUUUUGGAAAUAGAAAAAGUCCAAGUAUAGCAAAAGGGUAAAGCAGUCAAAUGGACUGAUUUCAACAAGAUAACAUCUAGGUCCAAGUCCUAGAUAUCAUUAGAUAUUUCAGAAUGAAAUUGAGGUGAGAAUUCUUUACCAGCUAGGGAAGCCUUUAGUUAUUCUAUGGUUUCCCUUUGUUGAUUUUGACAUGCAUGACUAAAACCAUGUUAAUCAGGAAUUGGAUAUACAUUGCAGAAUAUGACUGUGUUCUUACCUCAUCCUUUGUUAGUUUUGACUAAAAGCCGAUAGUAACUCCUUCUAGAUACUCAUUGAGUUUUGGUCAUUGAUUAUGUGAUGAAUAUAAAAAAAUAAGUUUUUUCUUAUAAAUAGAACCAGAGAGAGUAUCAAACACCUACACAAACACGAUAACAUUAUCAUGUUGACACUUAUAACAAUUUAAGAAAUUAAGAAAAUGAAAGUGAUUGAACGUAAUCAGAUGUGUUAAUAUUGUCGGUAUCGAACUCUACCAAUUUAGAUACUGGACACAUAUUUGCUUUGAAGUAUCGAACUCUACCAAGUUAGAUACUGGACACAUAUUUGCUCUGAAGAGUCGGUGUCAAUCAGUUAAAUUUUGACAUGGGGUGUAAACACAGAACACUUUCUGCCAUGCAGUACAUAACAUGUUAGAUUUGCAGAAUACAGAGAAGUUCAUUGGCGUAGCAGCAGCAACAGCUUUUUAUGAAUCAUUAAACAUUAACACCAUUUUUGGUAGUGCAAUGUUAAAUAGCUAAUGUCAUUUUCAACUUUUACACUACCCAAUUUCUGCUUUCAAAUAUUAAUAACCACAAGGUGGUUGCAAAUAUUAAUGUUAAAGUGAUCUGGACAACUCUUCAUGGUCCUAUGAUGUUGCCCCUUGUUCCCCAACAGCCUUGUUUAUGUCAGCCUGUACCGUUUGAAAUUUCCACAGAAUAUCUUGGUUACAAUCAUAUUACAAGUGUCAUGCUCAAUUGAAAAUCACUGUUUUGUGAGUACUAGGCUGGUGUCAUUUCAAGUUAACAAGAUACUUUUAUUUUAUUGUAACUGUCCCUUUAAUACUUAGUCCUUUCCAUAAGUUGUCUCUGUUGCUAACAUAUUAAAAAGCAAAAAUAAUAUUAUCAUUAUUUGUGGUUGUCACUGCAAAAGUAAGAAAACAUUAAGUGCCUUUUUUUAGCUUUUGAGUGGUCUCAAAUAAAGAUAAAAGGGCCCAAAAAUAUAGUUUGGCCUAUAAUCAUGUCUAUAUUACCCAUUUUUGCAAAGUUGGCAUUAAAACAAGUUUUGAACUAAGCAGAAUGCAGAAUUACCAACUUGGUGAGAAGUAUGUUAUGCUCUGAUCCAUUGGAUUGAGAAUCAUCCAUACAAUUGACAUCUGCAAAUGACCAAUAUCACAACAUUUUGACUAAACUGCCUCCAUUCUUAAUUAGGAUUAGAUAUUACCAACUUAGUGAGAUGCAUCCUCGGUUCCAUUGGAUUGAGAAUCAUACAAUUAUGCUUAAAAGUUAGUUUAAAUGGUGAGGUUGCCCUCACAUAUUUAUACAUUCAAUUAUCUCAGAAUUUAAGUAAUGUGAGACUUCAAAUAAUCUGCAACACAAAUACAUAUUAAACACCCACCUUCACGGGAC